AUGGCAAGCAAACAAUUAAUAAUACUUUUAUCCUUUAUAGCAAUUUUACUUUCUAUAUACAGAAUAAGAGCAAUGGAUGCGGCUAGUGGAUCUUCUGUUAGUGGAUCUUCUGUUAGUGGAUCUUCUGUUAGUGAAUCUUCUGUUAGUGAAUCUAGUGAAUCUUUUGAUGCUGUUCAAACUGAACAAACUGAACAAACUGAAACUAAAGAAGCUGGAGCUAGUGGUGCUAGUUCUAAUGCUAGUGCUGCCGGAGCUAGUGGUGCUAGUUCUAGUGCUGACGAAGCCAGUGCUAUUAAUUCAUAA